CACGCACAACCAACACGCUACCACAUCGUUUUAUGGCGCACCACGACCCAAAGGCUGCUGCGACGCGCCGCGCUCUGUGCCAAUUCAAGGGCUGCACCAAAUUCGCCCAGACCCGCGGGCGAUGCAAAGCCCACGGCGGCGGCACGCGCUGCAAGGUCGAGGCGUGCAUCAAGCUCGCGCAGAGCCGCGGUCACUGCAUCGCGCAUGGCGGCGGCCGCAAGUGCCACAUCGAGUCGUGCGAUAAGCUCGCGCAGAGCAAGGGGUACUGCAUCGCCCACGGCGGAGGUCGCAAGUGCGCGAUUGACGGCUGCGAAAAGUUCUCACAAAUCAAGGGCAAGUGCAAAGCCCAUGCCAAGACGUCACCGCCGUCGACGCCCCACUCGCCGCCUUUGCUACACCCGCUUCCACCGCUAACGCAUGCCAAAGUGUCGGCGCUUCAGAUGCCGUCCACCAUCAGCCUCAGCCCGUUGCGCGACUGCGUGCGGCGACCCGAAGCAACCACUUGCUCGUUCGCAGCGCUCUUUGAGCCCUCGCCGCCAACAGCGUGACGACGGCUGCAUGCACGUGCAUAGAAUUAUUCCUUUGGGUGCAUUCGCAGAAAACAACUCGACUAAUUUAU